CGGCCUUAUCCAGACGACCUCCUCGUGGUACUCUCGGAGGUGGUAACAGUUCGCACUGGCUGCAUAUUUCACUCCUUUUGUCUGUAUCCCAUGUCUUGCCGGAGAUCUUGAAGAGUGGCACUUUCCGGCUUGGAACUCUAUCGAAUCUUUAAAGUGGCUCCGCAACGAAGUCAUGAAGUUACCCCGUCAUACUAACCACCGACGGUGAAGCCCUCUUUGUUCGCAUCCUUGUCUGGGUUUUUUGACACUACCUCUGAUCAAACCCAUUUCUCUCUCAUCUGAAAAUUCAUCAUGAGUUUUCUUGAUUCUGUUCUCUCGUCCAUCGAGACGGGCAAACCGUCCCCAAUUCCCCAAGUCUCCUCCACCGUAUCGCCACCUGUCACUUCCUCCACUGUGAGAACCGAAGUACGCAAGACCAGUCUUGGACCACGGAAUGUUCCCUCAACAACAGAACGGAAACCCCUCUCGCAGGGGAUAAAGCGCAAAGCCGACGAGCCGCUGCCCCGUUCGUCAAAAUUGGCACCUCCAGCCCCUCUCAGAUCAACCGCCACUAAGCCCACAAUCCCCGCAGCUGGAAAGGCACGCCCCAGUGCUCCCACAGCAGCCGUGGCGUCCGCCUCCACAAGUCGCUCAUCCACGCCUCAAAGAUCAGCGCAGGUGUCCUCGAAACCACCCCCCAAAGGCUCCUUUGCAGAUCUCAUGGCCAAAGCCAAGGCGCUACAAGAAAAGACCCCCACCCAGGUGGGUAUGUUCAAGCAUCAGGCUGCUGCUAAGGAGAAGCUUAGCAAGGUAGAACGAAAGAAACGAGCGACAGAAGCUCAAACCAAAGAGAAGGAGAGUCGGUCGGCUAAAAAGCCUGGCGCCACUACUACUGCAGCUGGAAGUGCUAAACCUGGCUUUACGAAGCCUGUGAAAAAGCGGGAGCCGGAAGAGCUCUCCUACAAAGGUACUUCGCGACCUACACCCCGUCCUGCACAACCCGAAUAUCGUGGAACAGCGGGCUUGCCAGCGAAGCGGAAUCCCAGUGACCUCAGGGCCCAGUCUCGAAACAAGCGGUCGAGAAUGGAUGAGUACUUGGGAACCGAUGAGGAAGACGAGGGUGACUAUGCCGACGACUACGAUGACUACGAUUCGGGAUCUUCCGAUAUGGAGGCUGGCUACGAUGCUAUGGAGGAGGAAGAGGCUGCUGCUCUGGCAGCAGCCAGGCGCGAGGAUGAGGAGGAAUGGAAUGCUGAACAGGCAGCCAAGCAGGCUAAAAUGGAACGCCUCAAGAAGCUCAAUGCGCUGGCUGCGCGCCGAUAA